AAAAUAUUUACAAAAUGUCCGAACAAAAAGAAGAAAGUGUACCUGGCCAAAAUGCCGUUUCUGUUAUGAGAGUGCUGCUGAAAGGGCUGCAAUGGAGGCGGAAUUUGAACGGCAAUCGGAAGAAGCUCGUUUCAGAAUGGCACAUGGUUAUGAUCAAUCUGGCAAGUCUGUAAAUGCUAAAGACGAGGAAGGCAAAGAAAUGGCUGGAGAAGCUUUUGAAGAGACUCAUAAUCACAAAGAACCGCUUGCACAUUAAA